AUGCCAUUUGCAGAUCCUUUCUCUGGUUUGGAGCUUAUGAUGAUGCCAGACCAGGGAGUGUCAACUGAGAUAAAUUGUGUUUCACCAAAGAGCAAGGUGGGCUUGGCUUUAGAAAUCUUGCUGUUUGGAAUCAGGCAGCUGUUGCUCUAUGUUCCACCUUUAGCUGCUAGCUGGCCUGUCAAGUUCAUUUGCAAGGUCAAAGAUGUUUGUAAUGACAAAUUUCAGGGGUCUGCUUGGCUUUCCACACCUAACUACUCGAUUAAAAACACUUACACUAGUCUGAGUACUCAACCUGAAACUAAUCAUUGGUCCAGUUUUAUCUGGAGCAGACUGACUAUUCCUAAACACAGGUUUUCUUUGUGGCUUGCUCUACUUGACAGACACAAAACCAAAGCUAGACUAUUCCUAUAUGGCAUAGGGGAUGACAACCUGUGUGCUAUCUGUGGAAGUGGUCCUGAAACCAGUGCCCACUUGUUUUUUGAAUGCUCUUACAGUACAGACUGUUUGGUUAGAGUGCUUGACUGGCUAGGCAUCAGUCACACCAGGAAGAAUGUGUUACAAGUCCUUCACUGGACAAGAAGAUACUGCAGGAAUGCUUUCAAAAGGAAGUUCAUGCUUGCUGCUGUUGCUGGCUUAGUAUAUCAUAUCUGGAGAGCAAGAAACAGCUCAGUUUGGGAAGGAGCUAUCCCUACAGUUCCUACUUUGCUUCAUGCCUUGAAAAGUGAUGUGAAGCAUAGAGUUCAGUAA